AUGAAGUUUGCUAAGUUUUCAGUUCUUCUCCUGAUUUUCUUUAUUUUCCCGGUCGCAUUCGGGCAGCUAAAAAUCGGGUUUUACAGCCAAUCAUGCCCUAAUGCAGAGACUAUCGUACAGGGCCUGGUUAGCGCACGGUUUGGUCGUGACCCCUCAAUCACAGCCGCUUUGACUCGGAUGCAUUUUCACGACUGUUUUGUUCAGGGCUGCGACGCUUCUCUCCUCAUAGACCCAUCGACGACGAAUCAAGAUACGGAAAAAACCGCAGGCCCAAACGGCAGCGUGAGAGGGUUCGAUCUGAUGGACGAGAUCAAGACCGCUCUCGAGGCUCAAUGUCCGAACACGGUCUCGUGCUCCGACAUAAUCACGCUCGCCACACGUGACUCCGUCUUGUUAGGUGGAGGACCGAGCUACAAGGUCCCUACGGGACGACGUGAUGGCUUUGUGUCGAACAAACUAGACGCCGAAAGGAUCCUCCCCGGACCAGCCCUCCCCGUCCCAGAUAUGGUAACGUUCUUUGCAAAUAAAGGGCUUAACGUUUUCGAUGGGGUGGCUCUUUUGGGUGCACACACGGUUGGCAACGGUUUUUGUGGUAAUUUUGUGGACCGGCUCAACAAUUUCCAAGGAACCGGACAGCCUGACCCCACCAUGGACCUCGGUUUGGCUGCCAGGCUAAGGAAUACAUGUUCGGCGGGAGGCAGCCAAUUUGCGGCGCUGGACCAGUCAACGCCAUUAGCGCCAUUCUCAUUCGACAACUUGUUCUUCGCUCAGAUCAGAGAGAGGAAAGGAGUUUUGCUACUUGACCAUCUGCUUGCGACCGACCCAGCCACUUCCGGUGUUGUGUUUCAGUACGCGAGCAACAACGAACUAUUCAAACGCCAGUUUGGUAUCGCAAUGGUGAAGAUGGGAGCCAUUGACGUGCUGACCGGUACAGCCGGUGAGAUCAGGAAGAAUUGUAGGGCAUUCAACUAA